GAAAAUGGUGACCUUUUCAUAUCUCACAUUCAAGGAAUAUUUCAUAUGAAUUCCAUAUUAAUGAAUUUUACGAAAAAGGAAAGCGGAAAAAUAUAAUUAUCGUUGUAAUAACUCUCCAAAGAGUUACAAAUUUAAGUUUACCUCUUUUUUUCUUCUUUUUUUGAUUGAAUAAUUCAUUCUAGUUGAUGUUUAACGCGUUUUAUCUGGACAUUGGUCAUACAAAAUGUGUCGCCUCCAACCAUACACUACCUCAUGGAAUUUAUUAUACACUAGGAUCUCUCGUUUUACAACGUGUCUCUUGAUUUUACCGCUAGCUUCUACACUUUGGUCUAACAGUAUUGAAGAUUUCACCAAGCCUUCUAUUACUUCAUCUAAGUUGAAUGACAGUGUAUCAGAACUCGUGUUGGACAUUGGAGAAAACCUCACUCUUACCUGUACAGGUACCAGACCAGUAAAAUGGGAAAUUCCACACAUUAACAGGCAGGGAACUACCAUCAUUAUAAGUAAAUCCGAUGACGACCUUGAGGUUAAUGCUACAAUGACCAGUGCUACAUAUGCUGACACUGGUAAGUUUACAUGCACUUACAGAAGGACGCUGUGGCUGAGAGCAGAUGUUUACAUUUACUUUAGAGAUCCAGAUAACUUCUUUGUUGAAAGUAUUAUAUUCAGUCAUGUGGUCAGCCUUAAAACAGGAUACUUCAGAUGCCUAGUGACAGACCCUAAUAUCAAAGUGAGCCUACAGAAGCAUGACAAACUUGUUGAACUUAGCAAAAACCUCCAGUAUGACCCAAAAAUGGGUUUUGUAAUUAAAAGACCAACAGUGCUGUACACUGGCAGUUUUACAUGUAUUGGGGAACUCAACAAUAAAACUCAAAAAGUAGCUGUGCACAGCACUUUUCAGGAUAAUCAAGAAUUGACUCCUGAAAUUAUUGUACAAAGAACCAAGUAUAUGGUUAAUGAAACAAUCGAAAUGAAUUGCAGAGUUGAAGUUAACAAACAGAGUGCGAUACAUAUGGAAUGGAUUUUACCAAGUAAUAAAGUAAUUGUGGUUUGCAAAUCUGAUCAGGUUUGUUUACCCGAAGAUGAUAAUGAUUCUCUUUUGCAGACAUCCCAUCGGGUUCGUGUAUCAACACCUAAACGAGAACACCGCAGAGGUAUCGAUGUAUUUUAUGCCAAAAUUUACAUUCGAAGAGCUAAUCUGAAUGACAGUGGUAUAUAUGUAUGUAACGUCAGCAGUUCUAGCUCUAUGAGUACUGAUGUACACAUUUCAGUCUACGAAAAAGAAUUUGUAUAUUUAAACAACUCUGAAAAAUUGGUUCGAGUGAGUGAAGAUAAAGACAGGGUGUAUCUGACAGCUAACUAUGUCUCCUUUCGUAAACCUAAUAUAACAUGGUUCAAAAAUAGUGAGAUAAUCAUGGAGGGUAUAAAAUAUGAAAUCCGCAUAAUCGAUACAGUACUGGAUCUGGUGAUUUACAAUCCUAAGUAUGAAGAUAGUGGUAAUUAUACAGUGUUUGCUGUAACAAAAGAUAUGAACAGUACCUUGAGCCUUAUGCUUGUAGUUAUUGGUAAACCAAUAAUUCAACUAGAUACUAUACCAGCAAAGGAUUUUUUCAUGGUUGAUCGUAAAGUAACAUUGAUUUGUAAUGUGUCAUCAAACCUUGAUGAUGAAAUGGUAUGGAUGUGGCAGGCAUGUGAUCCAUUUCACUGUUCUUCAAACCCAGCAGCAUGGUCAGUAGUCAACAAAACUACAAUAGAAAAUGGACUAACUACACAGAAUAAUCCAGAGAUUGUUACAUUCAAAAAAUACACUGUGCUGAAUGUAACAGCUUUAGUUGGAGGUCAAUAUAAAUGUCAAGCAACCAAUAGACAAGGAAUAAGUGAAAAAAUAGUAAAUUUCUCCCUUAGUGACAUUGAAAAUGGCUUUAUGUUUACAACAAGUGUAAAGUCACCAGUUGAAGGCGAUGAAAUUUUCUUGACAUGCAGUGCUAAUUUGUGGAAAUAUUCUGACCUCACAUUGAUGUUUGAAAGAUUAUGGGAUACUGAUGUCUAUUCUAAGUUCCCAUCAGUCAAUAGAUCAUAUGGGCGAUAUAACAUAUCUCAAAAUGGAAACCUCCAAGCAGAAUUAAAAGUAACAAACUACUCUAAUAUCCUUACCAAGAAAUUCAAUUCAAUUCGGUUGUCUGAUUCUGGAAUCUACCGAUGUAGAGUGAACAAUUCCAUAAAAUUUGAUAAAAUUAUCUCUCUCGAUGUUGAAAAGAUGAUACCUCCAAUGCUUGGUCGUACCAUUGAAUCAACCCUUCAUGCUAGCCUGAACAUGUCCCUGCCACUCUCUUGUGAAGUAAUUGGUGGCAAACCUUCUCCAACAAUGCAUUGGUUUUUCAACAACGACCAAAUUUUUGAGAACAACACUUUGGGAUUACAUAUAGAAGAUGGAGGCAGAAUGCUUGUUAUACAAAGAACAACCAUUGACCAUUCUGGAGUUUAUACUUGCUUCAUAAAAAAUCGUGCUGGUUCUGUGUAUGCAAAUGCAACUGUACUUGUUGGAGAAAAUUAUAGUGCUGCUGGAAUGAGUAAAAUAGAAAUUAUUGUCAUAGUUUGUGUAUCAUUGGCUGUUCUUAUUAUCAGUUUAGCUGUCAUCUGUUUCAUCAUCAAGAAGGUCAAGAUCAAACAUGACUUUGAUGAUCUUGAAAAACAACUUGUUGUGCCUAAAGGUGAUUACAACCCAGAUAUUCCUAUUGGAGAACAAACUGGAUGCCUACCUUAUGAUUCACGGUGGGAAUUUCCAAAGGAACGACUUCGAUUAGGAAUGAUACUUGGUCAAGGUGCAUUUGGAAGGGUCAUCAAAGCAGAGGCAAUAGGGAUUGAAGAUGGAAUUGAUGUUACAACAGUAGCUGUUAAAAUGGUUAAAGAUUGUACAGACCGUGAACAAAUGGAAGCAUUGUUGUCAGAAUUAAAGAUUCUUAUUCAUCUUGGUCCUCACUUAAAUAUUGUUAAUUUACUUGGCGCUGUCACUAAGAACAUUCGAUAUGGUGAACUGUAUGUCAUGGUUGAAUAUUGUCAUUUUGGGAACCUACGCAACUUCCUUUUGAAGCACAAAGAUAGUUUUGUGGACACAAUGGAGGACAUUAUGAUGGACGAAAAAAAAUUCCUGUUGGAUGAAGCCUCGAAGCCACACUACAUCAAUCAUGCAGACACGGAUAACAAUGAACACCUGAAUCGACCUCUGACUACAAAAACUAUCAUUUGUUAUGCUUACCAAGUGGCAAGAGGGAUGGAAUAUUUAGCUUCUAAAAAAUAUAUCCACAGAGAUCUAGCUGCUCGUAACAUCCUGUUGGCUGCUAAUGAGGUUGUCAAGAUCUGUGAUUUUGGCCUUGCCAAGAACUGCUACAAAUCAGCUGAAUACCACAAGAAAGGAGACACACCUGUUCCCAUCAAAUGGAUGGCCAUUGAAUCUCUGACACACAGAAUCUACACAACGAAAAGUGAUGUAUGGUCUUAUGGAGUUUUUAUUUGGGAAUUAUUUUGUCUUGGUGGUAAUCCGUACCCCAGCGUCAAAAUAAAUGAGAAAUUCAUUGAUUUAUUGAAAUCUGGAUACAGAAUGGAUAAACCUCAGUAUGCAACUGAUGAGAUAUACAAAGUUAUGUGUGAUUGUUGGAAGGUUGAACCAGGACAAAGACCUACAUUUUCUCGACUUGCAGAUACAAUGGGCAGUUUUCUAGAAGCUGGAGUCAAGCAAUACUACUUAGAUCUGAGCCAAACGUAUGUGGACUUACCUACAGAAAAUUGUCAAGAUGGCUAUCUGAAAAUGGAUGGUACUGAGUAUACCAAGAUGUCUCCUCAAGUGCCUGAUAUCGACGCGGACACCCUGUCAAGCCACUCCAGCCAAGCAGCAGCUAUGCAAGAAUAUAUGAACCCACGUUGGGCUAAUGAAGAAGCUGAAAAGUAUGAACUGGAAGCUAUGCUUCUUUCUAAUGGUUCUUGUCUGCAGCCACAGGAUGCAAAUUCUAAACAUACUAAAGCCCAAGUACACCAUCAGGAAGAUAGUGACAGUGGGCAUUCAAGUGCCUAUGCUCCUGGGACAUCUCCAAAUAUCAAUAACGAUGAAUAUUUAUUACCUCAGAGCAUCGCAUGCAAGAAACAAGCUGACGAUUUGUUAACUGGUGACAAUUUGGAUUCCUUUGGUUCUCCAUAUCCUUAUAAUGAUGUGGCACCUCCAGACUACAGUGCUGUGAUGGAAGAUGUUGGAGAAAAAGCCUUAUGAAAGUGUUCAUUUGUUUCUUUUAAAUGAAAUUAAUGAUAGACUAAAGCUGUUCCUAUGCAGUUUCCUGCUAAUCACUGACAAGGUGAUACUGGAUUGUUUUUUUUUUUUAGGUGUGUGUGCAUGUUCUGGAAAUAUAAAUAAAUAUAUUCUAGGAUUAUUUAAUAUAUCCAGAGAUAGCAGAUAUGCAACAUCAAAUCUAAGAUUCAAGCAGAAUUGAUGCUUGGUCAAGCAAAACUGAACAAAGUAAUCAAAAAAACUAAUGGCUCCACUGGGGUUACUUUUGUACAUAAACUACACUGAAGUACAUAAACUAUACAUUUUUCUACAGAAAUCAAAUUCUUGAUAGAAAAAUCAGUUUUUUUUUUUUUAUGUAUUAAAAAAGAACAUUCUCUUUCUUUUCACACUAUUUUAAAUAUAUUUUUAUUAUUAUUCCAUAAUUGUUUAUAUUUUUAAAUUCCAUUCAUCAUCCUUCAGUUUUACCUUUAAAAAACUAUAGUUCACACCACUCUUAUAUCAUUUCAUUUCAUCUGGAUUUGGGGUGGGGGUCAUAGUAUUUAGGGUUGGCUAACAUAUCAAGGAAGAACUUAGUUAAGAUUACUUGGAAAUUUAUUCCAUACUCUGAAAUCUGUUUGGAUUGUUUCUUUAAUAAAAUGUUACAACACAUUAUGAGGAUGAACUUGUACAGAAAGCAUCUGUGGUUGUUUCUUUUAGCAAUGGUUCAUGAACAAACUGGGGUUUGCUACCAUAAUAUUUUCACAUGUGUCUAUAUCUGUGUGUGAUGUGAUCAGCACUUGAAAACAUUCUGUGGAAAGCCAGCUAGAUAUUAACUUUGAAGUUCCAAUCAUCUGUGCAUGUAGUGAUUCUCAUCUCAUUCAACUAAAUUCUUUAACUUUCUAAACUUUUGGACCUAAGUUUGUUUUCGUUUUUUAGUUUACUUUUAGGAUGGAAUUUAGUUAGUUUUUCUGCCUAUGAUGGAUUUUCACCUAUCCUAAAUUUCUUCAACACCUCAUAUAAAAUAUAAAUUAAAAUUUAACAUCUUCAAAUUACCCAAAUUUAAUAUGUUGUUCUGUAGCAAUUGGGUUUCAUGUUAUUGCAAAUUAAGAUAUUUACAUAAAAUUCUUUGGCAGAUAUUUUAGCCGGUUGCUGCCCUUUUUAAAAUCAAAACUCUGAUAAAGUCAGAAUGAUACUUUGAUUUCUCCUCACUAAACUGAAAUAAGCAGAGGUGUGCAUCUUGUCCCAGAACAGCUUACACCUACAUUUUUGAGUUGUUAAAUCACUGUUGAGUUCAGUAAUAUUUUUUUAUUUUAAGACCAUCAAUGAAUGAAAAAAAAAAUCAAAGUCAUGAUGAUGAUGAUGAUGAUGACCAAAUUAAAAAUCUAAAAGUAAAACAUUUUGUCAUGAAAUUAAUGACCAUAUUCAUGUUCAUUUAUAUUUGGUCAAUCUAAAACCAUUACUUGUUCACUACUAAAAGUCUGUUGCAGGAAUCCAUGAAAGAAUAAAAUCUUCUUCAUGAUAUUCUACAAAUACAUUAAUUCAUUUUACCACACAUGUAAUGUACAGCUUCAAUGUACAUUACACCACUCAAAUCAGUAGUUCUCAAUAGCAACAGUCUUUCAUCCUCAGUGCCUUCAUCAAACAAAUUCUUCCAUUAUUUUCAGUAGCCAAACUGUAAGACCCUGCUACAUUUGUUACCAAUAGAGUAUAAUAUUUAUUUUAUACGGCCAUUACUCAACGAUGUCAUCAAUUUUAACUAAAUAAUUUCCUUCUCUUAUACAUAUAUGGCUGUGUGAUUAAGAACUUUGUUUCACAACUGUGUGGUCUUGGUUUCAAUUCCACUGCACGACAUGUUGUCUUCUAAUCAUAGCCUUUAUUCAACCAAAACUUUUUGGGUAAAAUUUCAGAGAUGAACUGUUGCUGUUGUUUGGUUGAUAGGUUUAAUCCAAGACCAGAAGAGUCUGGUCUGUUGCAAGUAUGUAGGCCGAGUCAGAUCUGUGGUCUGAAGAUAACUCCCUCCUUUUCUCCUAUCAGUCUUGGAGGCCCUAAUAAAAGUGAUGCAUAUUGCUCCUACUUCUGAAAAAUACACAAAAGAAAAUUAUUGGUUUAUAUAUCUUGACCAAAGAAUGGAUUUAGCAUUAUUUCAUAUCCUCUGAAAACCUGUGUGUGUGUGUGAACGUGAAAAAGAGAGAGAGAUGCAGUGGUCAGUCACCUUUGCACCAUGUUAUCUUACCAUAUGGCAACUGGAGGUGAACUCUUAUUAAGUUGAUAUUAUGAAACGGUUUCAGUUCUAGAUUAGAACCAUUUCAAAAUAUGAUCAACAUCACAAAAUCCCCUUUUUCUGUAGACUAUAAUCAAAAGAAAUCAGAGUUUAUUCAUCUGCUCUGAAAUUUUAACAUACAGACACCAGUUGGUGAUUAAUUAAACAGUUAAUAGUUGCAGAUUUUUUUGGAGAAAUGAAUAAAAUCUUCUGUUGUUAGUAUAUUUUUAACCAGUUUAAAAUCUUUGAUUUAUACAGUGGUUGGCGUUAGGAAGGGCAUCCAGCUGUAGAAACUCUGCCAAAUUAGAUUGGAGCAUGGUGUAGCCAUCCGGUUGCACCAGUCCUCAGUCAAAUCGUCCAACCCAUGCUAGCAUGGAAAGCAGAUGUUAAACGAUGAUGAUGAUGAUUGUGCAUCAGUCAUAAUUUCCUGUAUUCAGUCACCAAAAGAUUAGUUGCUGCAAUUUUCUUUUUUUCGAAGUGAAAUUUUUUUCGCAAGUUGUUUAAAUGUUAAAUAUGCAGCUUCACAUUUAUCCUAUAUGUCAUAUGCCAAACAAACCAAUUCAGUUACACAAAACGCAAAAUAUGAUAGGGAUAUACACAUACAAAUGCAUAGCAAAUUUGGUUGUUUGGUUAAGAAGUUUAUAAAUGGCACUUUAGGCAAGUGUCACCUGGUAUGGCCUUGAGUUGAGCAAUAGUUUGUAGGUGAAAAUUGGUAGACAGAAAUUGUACAGAAGUGUGUCUUGUACAUAUAUAUAUGUAUAAACAUAUGUAUGUGUAUAUCGGCAAGAAAUUACUGAUAAAUUGAUUAGUAAGAUGGAAAUGUCUUUAGGUAAUUGUUCCAUCUGAAUUGUACAGACAAUUCCUUGUCAUAGAUACAGUGAAUCAUCGAUUGAUCUGUUGGAAACCUAUAGCCAAUGACAUGAUAUAUACAUAUAUAUAAAGAAAGAAAACAAAUUUUUGGUUUUUGUUGAAGAAAUUUUUUGGUUUAUAAAAUUGAUUGUUCUUCCUACUAGCAUGAGCAGGUAAAGUUAUGUACCUGGCUCAUAGACAACACUAUGGAUGAAAUAAGAUUUGAACUCAUGAUUGUAUGAUGAUCACCAUCAUCGUUUGACAUCCAUCUUUCCAUGCAUGCAUGGGUGGGACAGUUGACAGGAGUAGGCCAGGUAGAAAACUACCCUGGGCUACUAUGUCUGUUUUGGCAGGAUUUUUAUGACUGGAUGCCCUUCCUAACAUCAACCACUCUACAGAGUGGUCUCAAGUGCUUUUUACGUGGUGCUAACACAGGCGAGGUUAGUUUUGGCAUAAUUUUUACAGCUGGAUGCCCUUCCAAAUGCCAACCACUUUACAGUGUGGACUGGAUGCUUUUUACAUGGCACCAGCACUGGCAGUGUCACCAAGUAACUCGCAAGACAAGGAAUUUUGAGAGGGGCAGGGGCAUUUGAGGAGGGGCACUUGUGUCAGAGGAUGAAAGAUUAGAGUGUGAUAGAGAGGCAGAAACAGGUGUCUUGCUAUAAUCAGUUGUUAAUCUUCCUGGACUUCAGAGCCAUUAUGCCUCAUAUAUAACCAUAUAUAAUCAAAUGAUUAUAUAUGAACAGCCAUAUCUCAUAUACAAUCAUUCCCUACCCCCUGCUACCCUUGUUUAUCAUUGUUGCAUCUUCUGAAGUUAUUCAGUAAACCCGAAUAGUAAAAAUUAUUUAUUUAUUUAUUUAUCACUAGCAAACUCAUGUAUACCCAAAAUCUUGUUCUGCCUUACUGAAAGAGAGAAAUCAGUUUGAUGAUGAUGAUUAAAAUGAUGUACUCUUACAGAUUGUUAUAUAUGCUCUUUAACUUAGAAAACUCUUUACAGCUAAUUCUAAUCACUAAAUAAAAUAUGGGAUCAAAUAGAUAGACAUAAGUCAUAGGAAUAUUUUAAUAUACACACUUUCCUCCGAAAUUCUCAUUAACAUUCCAUUCUGCUGCUGACCACAGGCUAGUAAUUAACAACACAGACCUUAUGUGUGUGUGUACAUAUAUAUCCAUCCAACAAACAUCCUUGCACCCAUGUAUCCAAUCUGUGUGUGAAUGUGAGCUACAUUUCUCGUAGAUUAAAAUGUGUGUGUGUAUAUGUAUGCAUUAUGUGUGUGUGUGUAUGUAUAUAUAUAUAUACAUAUAUAUAUAUAUGUAUGUAUGUAUUAUGUAUAUAUACAUUUACACACAUACAAACACAAAUUGUAUAUGACUGAGAAAGAAAGAAACAAACUUGUAAAGACAAAACAAGUUGAAAGUAACAUCCAAGUAUUUACCUUCUUCCUUAUAUCUGCUCAAUGUGGUCCCAUUUAAUAUUUUAAAAAAUAAAAAGGUAACUGAAAUUCAUUUACCUGUUUAUGUCCACUCUUUUAUGUGCCCAUGUAAUACAUACACUUACAUCUUAUUUAAAAGGAAGAUUGUACUUUAGUACUGUGCAUUUUCUAAUCCUGUGUCUAUUGUUUAAAUUAUUACCUUAAACUUUAGACAUUAGCAGACACUAUUCUUAUAGAAACUCAAAGGAAAUAUUCCAGUACAUUAACAUAAAAUCAAAACCACCCACUCAUCAGCUAUAUUAAAAAAUGUUGUGAAGAAUAAUUAGCAUUCAUUUAUCUGUCAUAUCAUAUGAUGAACAUUUAACAUACCUAUACAUUCACACAUAUAAAUGUGUGCAAAAACAUGCAUAGUCUAAAGAAAAUUCUAGUCAAAAAUUCUUUGCAUUUAAGAAUUUUGAAACUUUUUUUUUUUAAUAUAAUUUUAAAAAUUGAAUGUAUUUUAUACAGUUUACCUCCUAACUGUCAUCUUCACUCUGACGGUCUUCAUUUGUGGUCCAGUGAACAUAAAUGCUAAGCAAACUUGAUUAAAAUGUUCUGAAAUGGUCAUUUGAUAAAAUGUUUGCUAUUCACAUUCUAUCAGAUAUUACUUGCAGCCCUCCAUCUUGAAAUGAUGUGCCUUAUGUGAGCCCUGUAUCCUUUAUAUUUACACUUUUACUCUAAAUUCAUUUAUGUUCUCAUCCAUUGAAUGUCAGAAAAAAAAAAUUUAAAUAAAGUUUUCAAAAAGAGAAAAAA